GCUGGCUUGAUUUUGAAUGAGCCCAUCCUUAUUUGACGUUGACUGAUGACUCAUCCAUGCCGCUCAUCGCAUCCCGGAAAGCAUGCUGGACGCGUGUUUUCUUCCUUUACACCGUUGUUAGGGCGUGCGAAGUAUGUUUUCCGUACUGGCGGCGGUAUUUUGGUUUUGAGGACGUAAUAUCAUUACCCUCUUGGACCUCGACCAGCUUUGCGGUGCUACGCUUGAAAUCCUUUCCUAACUUUUCUUUCACAACUAGUGUAAUGCGCUUUUUUCUAUCUUAGGCUCUUCCCUUGGCCCAAAUGCACAAAGCACGAGGGGACUGCCUAGAGCAGUCUGUUUGGUUCACCGCUUGUUUGGUCUGGCCUCGUUUCUUACUGGUCACCCUCUCGCUACCGCAAUGAAUCCUCUGAUUUGAUUUGACACUCAGAGACGUGAAUAGACAGGCAUU